AUGGUAGCAGUUUCAGCUGACAAAAACAUUGUCUUUGGUGCACAGGUUAGCCCUGACAUGAUUUCAAAUGAAUUGGCAGCACAGAUAUCUGUAUUUGGAGUUAAUCCUGAAGAAACAGUGCUUCAUAUAUGUAAACCUGAAGAAUUUCGCUGCAAAAACAAACACUGUAUCCAAGCGAAAUGUGAUGGGGACGAUGACUGCCUAGACGGGAGUGAUGAGGACUCUGUCACUUGCUUCAAUCAUAGCUGCCCUGAUGAUCAGUUUAAAUGCCAGAAUAAUCGUUGUAUCCCCAAGAGAUGGAUUUGUGAUGGAGCAAAUGAUUGUGGGAGCAAUGAAGACGAGUCCAACCAAACCUGCGCAGCCAGAACCUGCCAGGCUGACCAGUUUUAUUGUGGAAAUGGGCGCUGCAUUCCCAGAGCCUGGUUGUGUGACAGAGAGGAUGAUUGUGGUGACCAGACAGAUGAAGUGGCAUCCUGUGAAUUCCCGACGUGCGAGCCGCUAACUCAGUUCGUAUGCAAGAGUGGAAGAUGCAUCAGCAGCAAAUGGCACUGUGACACUGAUGAUGACUACGGGGACAGGAGUGAUGAGGUGGGCUGUGUUCACUCUUGCUUUGAUGACCAGUUCAGAUGUCCCAGUGGCCGGUGUAUCCCGGGGCAUUGGGCCUGUGAUGGUGACAAUGACUGUGGAGACUUCAGUGAUGAAACACAAGUCAACUGCACCAAAUCGGAAGUUACUCCAGGAAUGUCAAAAAUCAAGCAAAAUCUCAAUAGAAGAUUUUGUUUACAUGACUUGGAGAAAGUGCUUCAAAGACAGUAUCUGAAGACGUUCACUCUCCAGCUGGCUGCACUGGGAAUGAAUUUCAGUGCCGCCCUGAUGGAAACUGCAUCCCGGAUCUGUGGCGCUGUGAUGGAGAAAAAGAUUGUGAAGAUGGCAGUGACGAAAAGGGCUGUAACGGGACCGUCCGACUGUGUGACCACAAAACCAAGUUUUCCUGCAGGAGUGCAGGGAGAUGCAUCAACAAUGCCUGGGUCUGUGAUAGAGAUGUUGACUGUGAGGAUCAGUCUGAUGAAGAAGACUGUGACAGUUUCUUGUGUGGACCACCCAAGUACCCUUGUGCUAAUGACACCUCCGUGUGCCUGCAGCCAGAGAAACUCUGCAAUGGGAGAAGGGACUGUCCAGAUGGGUCAGAUGAAGGCGACCUUUGCGGGUAAGUUAUCCCAUGUGGGGGAUGGAAAAGCCUGGUACAUUCAGUUGAGGCAGGACUCAGCCCUUCCCCCGCCUCAAAGGUGAGAAAAGUUAAAGAACUGGCAUUGCAUUGUCUGAGAGAAUACUGAUGUUUAACUUGUACACUGUUUUAGAUUUCAAGGUGAGUUUUGUUUCCACUGAACUAUUUUGUUAAACCCACAGAUGGCAUCAGACAUUCUUAGAGCUAAGAUAAAGUGAUAUUUGAAAUAAACUAAAAACAUUGUGAAAACUUCUUUCUUUUUAUUUUAUGUUAUUUUUUUAACCUGUUGUGCACAAUGGCAUUUCUUUACAGUAAUUCUCUUGAAAAAGAGUGUCAAUGAAAUUAAAAUAGGGAAAAUAUUUUAAAAUGGCUACAAUUAUUUAGUGAUUAUGGUUACUGGAGAACAAGCAUAUUUGGAAAUAAAUCUAUUUUUCCUCACAAAAGAAUACCUACUAUGAAGUGAAUUCUUAAAGAAUAAUGGCUAAGAGAAUUAUAUUCCUUUUCUUACUACUACAACUGUUUUAAUAAUGAUGAAUAGUAUGGAAAAAGGUAAACCAUCAGAAAACUUUAAAAUAUAGGAAUCUUUUAUGAAUGUCUUGCAUUUCGGCCCAUUUUUACAAGAAAUAUACUAGCAGCACCAGGAAAUAUUAUAUUAUACCUGUAUAUAUUACUACAAUUUGUCCAUCAUUACACAAUAGGCCUUUUAGCACUUGCCUGAACA